CGGCCGGCGGGGCGCGGGGAAUGCAGUGGCCCCCGACGCCUGGCGCUUCGCGGGGUCCGGGCCGGGCGCCCCCCAUGGCGGCCAAGUGGUUCAAGGAGUUCCCGCUCGCCUUGAAGCCCAGUGCGGGCGCGGGCAAGCUGCGCAAGAGCCCCGAGGCGGGCGGUGCGGGGCCCAUCCCGGGCAAGGGCCGCAAGAACUCGGCGGCGGAGCUGGGCGCCCGGACCAGCGGCGCUGCCCCCAAGGACAGUCGGCUCUCCCGGGACAGCCUGCAGGGCCUGAUCCAGGCCGCGGCCGGUAAGGGCCGCAAGAACUCUCGGACCACGGAGGAAGAGCCCCACCGGGGCGCGGCCAAGAGCUCCGGCUGCAGCACCUACAUCAGCAGGCUCAUCAAGGUGGACACCCAGGAGAAGACCAGCAAGAGCAGCUACCCCAGCAACGGCAGCAGCAGCAGCAGUAGCAGCAGCAGUAGCAGCAGUAGCAGCAGCUGUUCCUCUGCAUCCUCUUCCCCUUCCUCCCUGGGCCCGGAGCCGGACAAGGGCAAGAUCACGAAGCAGCAGGACACGGUCAUCAUUUUAGAAGACUAUGCCGACCCUUACGAUGCCAAACGGACAAAGGGUCAGAGGGAUGCAGAGAGAGUUGGCGAGAAUGACGGCUACAUGGAGCCCUAUGACGCCCAGCAGAUGAUAACAGAAAUCAGACGCCGUGGCUCCAAGGACCCGUUGGUGAAGGCCCUGCAGCUGCUGGAUGGGCCCUGCGAGCCCGGGGAGAACGGUGGUGGUGGCAGUGGCGGUGGCAGCAGCAAGCCGGAGCCGGUGGCCAAGAGGCAGGGCUCCAAGGACCUGCUGGGGAAGGCACCUCAGCUCUAUGACACCCCUUAUGAGCCCAGCCUCGAGGGGAAGCCACGGCCCGCAGACAGCCGGCUGCCGGAGGACGACGAGAGGCCCGCGGCCGAGUACGAACAGCCCUGGGAGUGGAAGAAGGAGCAGCUGGUACGGGCGCUGUCAGUCCAGUUCGAAGGAUCUGAGCGACCUUCGGCCAGGGAGGAGCCAGUGCGGCAGCACCACCGGCAGAAGAGCUGGACCCAGAAGAUCCUAAAGCCAGCCCUGUCCGACCACACUGACGGGGAGAAGAAGGUGGACCCCAGCCUGGCCCUGGACAAGCAGCCCUGGUAUCACGGCGCCAUUACCCGGGCCGAGGCCGAGAGUCGUCUGCAGCCCUGCAAGGAAGCUGGGUACCUGGUUCGAAAUAGCGAGUCAGGGAACAGCAGGUACUCCAUUGCACUCAAGACAAGUCAAGGAUGCGUCCACAUCAUAGUGGCUCAGACCAAAGACAGCAAGUACACACUGGACCAGACCAGCGCGGUGUUCGACAGCAUCCCGGAAGUGGUGCACUAUUACUCCAGUGAGAAGUUGCCUUUCAAGGGGGCAGAACACAUGACCUUACUGUACCCUGUGCACAACAAGCUUCACUAAGGUUCGACCUCAAGAGCCCUGGGCUCCUGGCACCUAAGAGGGCGCGGACACAGCCAGCAUCUCGGGAUGAGAUGGGCCGCUCCUCAGACCCAGGACAGAGCAGGGCCUUGCUUGGAUUCAGCGAGCUGUGUUCUUGAGCCCUUCAGUGACCCUUGGUCUCUAGCUGUCCUUUUCUCUCCUUGCCAAGUAGCUGCACAGUAAGAAGCCAUAAUUUACUGUUGGUUCCUUCUCUGGAGUUGGAGGUUCUGUUUGGGCUGUUACCCUCGGCAAAGGUGAGUCUAGAGCUCAGGAGCAUCGAAGCUCUCUAGCGUUAUGCUGGGUGUUCCCCGGAGCGACUGCUUUCUACACAAGCACGAAAACCACUAGGCUUUAACACACGCCCACGUGGGCUGGCUGGGUGUCUGUUACACCCUUGUGGAGGGUCCAUCCAUAGGUUGUAGGAAGUUCUCUUCCUCCAGGGUCCUAACACAGUUCUAGUGUUCACGCCAAAGCACGACCUUGGGGUCGGGCACAAGGAUUACUUUAUUGGUCAGCUUUUCUAAGAAGUUUGCUUUGGGCGUGAUGGUGCAAACCUGUAAUCUCAGCACUUGGAAGGCUGAGGCAGGAGGAUGCACAUUCCAGGCCUGCAGGAGCUAUAGUGAGGCCCUGUCUCAAAAAGCAAACAAAAAAACUUAGCAUUUUCUCAACUCUAUGGACUUUUUCAGCAUUUUUGUGCACAUCAGUAAUAUAAGCAUAAAUGAAAGGGAAGGUGCCCCAUGUAGGAAUCUGUGAUGUAAUUAAAAAUGGACAUUAUUAUAAUUCUGAGUUAUAAAAUAUACAAGAGUAUAUUUCUGAUUUUUUUAAAAGUUCCAAAAAUUUUGAAGCUUGGUAACCAUUCUCUUACAGGAUAAUUAUAUAGAACUUUAGGUAGCUUUUAUUUCAUCUCUGUGCUUUUUAGUUGCCAUAGAACCAUCUUUAAGUCUUGUCUCUAAAGUUAGAUUUGCUUUGUGUUUUUAGUAAACGUUUUAAAAACUUAUGACUUUGGGGUCUGGCUGUAUGGACUGGGUUCCUGGAGUCUGUAGGACUCUGUCUGCAGAGCGAGGCCGAUUCACACUGUACAGACUACUUCAGAGGACUUCGGGGUUGUGCUAACUGCUGUCCUCCGAUGUUAAGUUCAUCGACAUGUAUGUUAUCUUUCUGAUCUGUUGUGCCAUGUAUCGUCAGUUUGUUACUGUGAAAAGCUCAUGGGAACGGGGGCUGGGGCAAGAGCACUGGGGUCCGCACGGGCCAGUGUUUCCCUGCCGUGGGGUUUGUGACUUGGUCCUCAGAACUGGUCCAGAUAAAGAUGUGCUGAUCGCCAUCAGUGACAAGUGAACUUCCGUAGUUCUUUUCAAACACAAAUCCCAGAAACUGAUAAUUUGAGUAAUUUUCAGGAAAGCACGUCUUUCUAGUUUAUAGUGAUCGUUUGUUUGACUAUUAGGAUUUAGAGGUUAGUAAAAUUUUUGUUUUUGAUCAAGAUGAUCUUGGCCCCAAAGGGUGGUGUGAUUGUCAGGAAUAAAAAGUUGAAAGAAAUAUUUAAAAGCUGAGAGGAACUUAUUCUAACCGGAGCUCAACUAUUUUAUUAAUAAAAAAGGGCUCAUUUUUUUAAGUACUGAAAGAAUUUUUUUAAAGUGUGUAUGGGUUCCUCUCCUGUAUCUUUAGUACAAAGAUUUGUUUUAAUUGUUUCAGCACCCGUACUUUCAAUUCCAGUCAACAAAUAUUUAUUAUCCUCUAUAUACACAUCGUGCUAAACUUAUUUUUAGUUCAACAUUCUAGCAGUGAACCCUUAUUUUUUACUUAACGUUAUUUUACAAAAUAAAUACAGCAGUUAUUUUAAUUUUAAUAAAUGCAAAGGGCUUUAUAAAUUUUUUCUUGGUGCACUAAAUGAUUUUUGGCCCAUACCCAGCAAGUCUGAUGAAUGUAUAAUGAGAUAACAUUUUGAAAACAGGCCUGAAGCAUUAAGUAUUUAUUGAGCUAUCGUAUGCUUAGAAUUGUGCUGCUUCUACUUUUUUCUGUGUCCUGCUUUUUUUUUUUUGUAUAAUUAAAUGUGGGUUUCCUGUAAAAAAAAAAAAAAAAAAAAUGGCAGAGAUGCAGAGUUUAUAAGCAGUCCAAAAAAAUCAAACCAGCUGGGUAUGGUGGCGCACGCCUGUAAUCCCAGCACUGGGGAGGCUGAGGCAGGAGGAUC